ACGUGCCUCCAUAAUUGCUCGCAUCAGUAUGUUUAUCUCUUUAUUGUCACAACAUGUUUGUAGAUUUACUGUCCAACACUUGCUGAGGCAGCUGGACCCUGAAGGUGUUGCAGACAGGGCAAGAAAACGUUUCCGGCGUGGUGUUUAUUUCAGCAAGGGUCCGAAUCAUGUGUGUCAUCUUGAUGGGAACGACAAACUUAAGCCAUUUGGAUUCUGCAUUUCCGGCUGCAUUCAUCGUUAUUCACGAAAACUACUGUGGCUGAAAGCUGGCAUCACAAAUAAAGACCCGAAAGUGAUCCUGACAUAUUAUGUUAACUGCAUACAGGAGUGUGGUGGUUGCCCAAUGAAGAUGCGUGCAGAUGCUGGAACUGAAAACGUUGCAAGUGUGCAAGCCUUCUUGAGAAGGGGAGGUAGUGAUGCAUUUGCUGGCAAUAAGUCGUUUCAGUAUGGAAGGUCUACAGCCAAUCAGGUAUCUUAA